AUGUCCAACUCUACCCCCGUCAAUGGACAUGUCAUAAUCCCGUCAUCUGCCUCCGCUGUGCAUCCCGCCCCGGAUGUUUUCAACGCUAGCUCUGUCGCCGAGAUCAAGUCCACUUUGUCCCACCUACACCAACAGGAAGCCUCCGUGACCGCCCGUCUAGAUGCUCUCGUAGCCUCUCAGAAGGAUUUCUCACGCGAGCUAGGCCGAUUGGACCUGCUGCGGGCCAACUUGGGCUCCCAGACCAGCACCACCCGCUCUCUCAGCCAUGGCAUGCUCUCCUCCGCCGCUGAAACCGCGGAUCGUAUCUCGAGCGCCGUCCGCCGCUUGGACUUGGAACAAUCCCGGGUAAAGGCCACAUUGGAGGUGGUGGAACAGGUCUCGGAGCUCAAGGCCUGCGUCCUGGGGGUGGCGGGCUCCAUGGGGGCGCCCCAGGACUGGGAAACCGCCGCCAGUUACUUGAACCGCGCCUCCAAGAUUCCGUCCGACGUGAUCCAUGGCUCCUUCGCGGCCGAGAUGGUGCCCACGGCCGAGGUGCCGGAUCCGCCAAAUGUUACUCUUGAUAGUGCGGCCGAGUCGCUCUGUGGCCUGUUCUUGCGCGAGUUCGACAAGGCCGUCAAGGAGGCCAAUGGCGCUAAGAUCACCCGCUUCUUCAAGCUGUUUCCCUUGAUCGGUCGCUCCGAGGUUGGGCUCGACGUCUAUGGCCGUUACGUCUGUCAGGGAGUGGCGUCCCGGGCUCGAGGCAAUCUCAAUGCCGGAACCACUGCUCAGGCCAAAGAUGGCUUCUUCUACGCCAAUGCCCUGACCAAGUUAUUCGAGCAUAUCGCCCAAAUAAUCGAUGGCCACGGGGGGUUGGUGGAGCGACAUUAUGGCCCCAGGAAGAUGAACCGUGUUAUUGAGCGUUUGCAGCUCGAGGCGGAUGUCCAGGGUGGGAUCAUCCUGGACACCUGGAGCGACGAAAGACAUGUAGACCGCAGACUGACGGAUAUAAAAUCAUACGCAUUUACUUUCCUGGUGCAGAGCUUCCUACCUGCCCAGCGGAGCGCUACGCCUCGCUCCAACUCCCCGGCCACCCGGGAUAGUGCCUCGGGGACGGCCGAGGAUGACGGCGUGGAUAUGAAGGAAAUUGAUGGACUCCUGAAUGAAAUGGCCGUAAUGCUUGGCCGUUGGUCACUGUACUGUCGAUUCUUGGCUGACACAUGCAAUGCCCCGGGAGACGACAAUCAAACUACACGGCCUCGAUUCCUGCAAGAGUCUGCUCUGAUGAAGAAGAUUAAUGACCGACUAGUUGCCCCCUUUAACGCCAUGACGACCUUUUUCUUCCGACGAUCGGUCGAGAAGGCCUUCCAGCUGGAUGAGCAACCUUCCGGCCUGACACUGAACCCGCAGAACCCCUUGAAGGCUGAUCCGCCCCAUAUCACCUCUGCGGUCGAUGAUAUCAUGUACAUAGUGAACAAGGUCUUGCAGCAAUCACUGGCGACCUCGCAAAUCGCCGUGGUCACCAAUGUAGUCCCCACGCUGUCCCGGGUUCUGGGGUCCGACUUUAUCGGCAUGACGCAGAGGAAAAUGCGCGAUGAAUGCUACCCGCGAGCUUCCGUCCAGGGAGGCCAGCCGCCGGAACAUAUGGUCAUCUCCUUUCUGGUCUUGAUCAACAAUCUGGAUGUGGCCGUCGACUACGUCCGGCGCAUCGUGCAGAACAAUACCGAAACGAAGAAGACAGCGAGCCCCGACGGUGAGAUAGAGGACACCGAUCCACUGCGCUCCCUGUUCCCAAUUCCUGCCGAGGCGGCCCUCACGGCACAGACGCUGCAGACGUUUUCCUCCUCCUUCGAAUCCAAGGUCACCGAUCUGCUGUCCGAUGGCAUCCAGGUCGUCUUCAACAAUGUGGUCAAGCAGCGUCUGCGACCCAUCCUCGCCGACGCAUUCCGUGACAUUGAAUACCAACCGGGGGAUGACAGUGACCCCACCAGCGCUGCAUAUUCCGAGUACGACCACCCCGAGGAGGACGCAGACGACGACGCCACGACGCGGGCCGAACUCGUCCGUCCGCGCUUCGCCGCCAGCUGGACCGAACUUCUCCUCCCGCUAUGUCGUAUCCUCACCACGUCGGCCUUCGACCGUCUGCUGACUGUCACGGUGGCGUACCUGGCCCGACUGUUAGAGAAACGACUGUGGUCGUACCACGGCCGGAUCAAUGCUCUGGGAGCCACGCGACUCGAGCGGGACGUAUCGGGGGUGGUCAGCGCCGCGGUGGACAUUGGUGGCACGUACGGUGCGCCGGGACGAUACCGACAUCGCGAGGCCUUCGCACGGUGUACGCAGAUGGCUUUGGUGAUGGGGAUGGACGAGGACGAAUGGGAAGAUGCCGUGCGAGGAGGGGAAACCGCCGAGGUGGUGGAUAAACUGAGCCGGGAGGAGCGAACGCGGAUCCGGGCGAUGGUGCGACGAUAUGGCGAGCAGUGA